AUGUUAUCAAAAAAAUUCUUGAUCAUCAUAUCUAUAAGACCUUGUAUCCUGAGGCCUACUUGGGAAAACCUCGAUAAUUUUGUCGUUGACACCAACAGUUUUGCAGGAACUAGACCUUAUCGUAACCAGAUCGCACAUUCCUGGCAGUCUGGAUAUGACGUUCAGCCUUAUAUACAUUCAUUCCACUCUAUUUCUGAUACUUGCAAUACUCAUUAUCAAGAUAUUUGUUCACCAAACGGUCCUCUUCACGAGAUCAAGGAACACUUGUCUUCCUAUACCGAUGAAGAAUUAUUUGGUUGUGUUCCAUCACUGGAUUUUGGGGGCGGAUAUGCAUACGAUAACAGUGAUGAUGUACUACAGAAAUAUCUUGAAGAUCUCACAACUUCAAGCACUUCAUCAAGUUUGGCGACAGAAAAAGAGCUGCCGUAUAGAGCAGGAACUCCAACCAGUCCUGUGACGGAUGGCUGUCACAGCAACACUUGGCCCUCUGGUGAGGUCAUGUAUGAACUUGCCAAUGUACCAACCAAUUCGCUCAGAGAAGAUCUAGAGCCACAAAUCUGGUCAUCUACCACAUCUAUAAGCAAUGGAGAGAGCAUAAAUGACGGUGUAGGCAUUGGCUCACCUCUCAUUGGUAAAAAAAGGAAAUAUGAAAGCUGGGAAAAGAACACAAAAUCCCGCAGGAAAAAAAGAAAACCUAGAGUUGAUCAAGAAUAUUACACAAGAGGACAAGCUGAUGAGUCACCUAUCUCUCAACAACAAAACAAUCAAUGGGAUCCCCCUCAUCCAGCUCCAAGUCUUUAUCAGAAGGGACAGGUUAAUGAGGAGCACCUUGACAGUGCAUCGGUUCCCUACAUUCUGAGAAUGGAAGCAAAAGAUCACAUCAUACAUCAACUUCCUGAUCCAAAGAACUACAAGUCAUUACCAGCUGUGACUGUGAUCUAUGCAGCUGCUCACCAUGGAAACUUGAUUAUCAAAAACCGUCCUGAAGAUUUUGAUAAAAUGAAUGAAUUAUGGAGCAAAGGAAACUCGUUUAUAUUGAAGCGAAGAAAGAAAUGGUUCCCAAACUUUGAUUUUCAUAUUGAAUCUCCACUGAUAUGGAAAGUAAGAAAUUUGAUAUUUCCUAUGACAAUCCAUAAGGUGGAUUGGACUUUUGAUGUUUAUGAAAGAUUACACAACAAAGGUAAACUUCAAAACAAAAGUUUAUUCUAUCAAUCAGCAUGUACAUAUUUUGCAAAAUGGUUUAUAAACUUAAUGGAUAAUUAUCCCAAUGCCUGGAGCACCAUUAUAAAAUCUGAUAUUCAUUAUGAAAAUCAAACAAAAGCAUUAGGAUUUUCUCCUCAAAGUUUAUUAGACACUACUUUACAUUUAGAGUUUGGUGCAACGAGAACAUUCUGGGUUAAUCUCGGUUGGGAGAUAUAUGAAAGAUGGCUUCAAGAAUAUGAUCAAGAGUUUUACUCUUGCCUCAUCAGUUCAGAUACACAUCAAAUCACUCACACCCUUAAGAUACCAUAUGGCUAUGACAUUAAGAAAUCAAUGAUCCUAGAGAAAGGUCCCUAUAGUAAAGAAGAAUUUGAAUAUUAUGUAAGUGGAAAUUUGUUUGUAUCUACUUCACUGUCCGAUGUAGCUGAUUUUAAUAAUGCGUUCAACAACUUUGAUUAG